AUGGACAUGGACAACAGAGACAGAGGAAGGCCAUAUAUAUUCCCACCAAUACCGCAGUCGUGUCCAUUCACUAUUUGCCGCCUGUCUCACGAGCACAAUGGAUCGUCCGAGGAUGGACACGCCGCCCGUUCGGGUUGGUGGCUGAUCCGCGAGCAUGACGAGUAUGGAGAGUAUCCUCAUAUCUACGCAAAGAUCUGUCGAAUAACGAUGACGACAAAUCAAUCUCAAUCUCGGCAGGCUGCCGUUAGAGAUGGCAGUGCGCCUGUUGGAUCUGUUGGAUCUAGCAGGUCCAAGAAAGGCAACAAGCCAGAGCCAGAGACGCUGACGGGCGACGGCGGCGAAGGAAACCGUCACUCCUACUCCGAGGUUAUUGUCCUCAGCGACACGGGCUGUGGAACAGAGGUUUCCAACGAUCCAGGGAGUCAUGACCAUAGUCAUGGAUCGUGUCUUACUGCCCCUGCUGCUACUACUGCCGAUGAUAAUACCGCCGAAAGGGGCCACCGGCGCCGCCAACCAGCUGUAUGGAAUCUAGGCACGUUUCUCGAAUACACACUCAACCCAGGCGGACGAAUUCCAUAUCUCGUCAUAACCACGCAAUGUCACUAUGAUCACAUCAUGGGCAUUUGGAAGCUACCACCACCGCCAAGGAGGUAUCUGCUGAGGCAGCCUUCCGAACCCUCGCAGCUGCUGCAGGAACAGAGCGAGAGCUACAAAAACACUGUGCUUGAGGGGAGAGAUGGUGGUAAGGAUAGUAUGGCACUGGCAUCGUUCGACCAAAAACAUCGAGCGCUACCGCAGCCCACGACGACGACAAUGACGACAAUACUCGCUUCGUCGCGUGCGAAACAUUCUGUCACACCGUACUCCAAUCUCCAGCGAUACAGCCUCUGUGAGAAACUAGGUCUCCAGGCUCCCCGGUACGCCGUGGGUAUAUGGGCUCAAGACAUGCAACGGGUCGUGUAUACGCCGCCGCCACCGUCGCCGUCUGCUGACUCAGGCGGAGGAAGAGACGAAGAUGAUGACGCGGAGGAUGGCGCGGUCAACAUCUCUACGGGGAUAACAAUUCUACAUACGCCAGGCCACACUCCGGACUCGUUGGCGUGGUAUGAUGAGGGUACGCGGACCCUAUGUGUUGGCGACAGUUUCUAUUUGAAACAAACAGGAACAACUCGCUCGGCCGCCUGGGGCCCGGAGCCGCCCAUGCCUAUAAUGUUCAAUAUGGAUAGUCUCCUCGCGAGUUGGUGGGAGAGCGCUAAGAAGAUCCUGGAUUUUGUAAAACAGAAGAACAAUGUCGGCUCUUGUGAAGACGACGAGGAAGACGGCUGGGUCCUCGUCAACACUAAAUCCCCUUUUGACUCCUACGCCUCUACUAAGGCAUCCUCCCGCCCAGCCCGCGUCAGGCUCUGCGCAGCACAUACCACCGCCUUGGUAGAUGCCGAGGCCGCAAUUUGUGCCGCCAUGUCGUUCAUGAGACGGAUCUUGCGCGACGAAGUUCCGUGCAAGCGUGUUUCCGAUGCUCGAAGAAGGGGAGAGGAGCGAUGGCUAUGGGAUGAUGAUCUUCAGCCUAAUAAGCAUGACAGAGACGGACUUGGCCAUCAUGAUGAAGAAGACGCAGGUGGAUCGGGACGCCGUCAAGGCAAGAAAGGAAAAGUAGACAGAGACGAAGAAGGCAUCGACGUUAAGGGUCCGAACUGCAACAUUGAUACCUUUGGUGAGUAUGCUUACAGUGUCCUGGCGCCUCUCGGCGUUAUUGAAAAGGGGAGAAGACGGAUACCCAAAGAUGAAUGGGGAUUGGCAGAGACAAAAGCGGCGGAGACGUAG